UCCUGGGAUGAAGCGGGGGCGCGCAGCACUGGUACAUCAAUCGCUGCUGCUGGGAGCGGUAGAGUGUUCCUUGCCCGAGACCCGCGCUCAGACCCCGGGUCCUGGAAGUUCCCGGCUCCCGGGCACUGCCCCCUGCCGUCGUCGUCGCGGCGGGCCGCCGUUCCCCAGCCCCGAUCGGCCGAGGCGACGGCAGCGGCCGAGGUCACCAUGAGUCCGGGAUUCCGCCGGGCCGUUGCUGGGCAGGGGGCGGCGGCCACGGUGCCACUGCUUGUCACCCUGAGCUUCCUCUCAAGUCUCGUCAAGACCCAGGUGACUGGAGUUCUGGAUGAUUGCUUAUGUGACAUUGACAGCAUUGAUAAGUUCAACACCUACAAAAUCUUUCCCAAAAUAAAAAAGUUACAAGAACGGGACUAUUUUCGUUAUUACAAGGUUAAUCUGAAACGACCAUGUCCUUUCUGGGCAGAAGACGGCCACUGCUCAAUAAAAGACUGUCAUGUGGAGCCCUGUCCAGAAAGUAAAAUUCCAGUUGGAAUUAAAGCCGGGCGUUCAAAUAAGUACUCGCAAGCAGCAAACAGCACCAAAGAACUGGAUGACUGUGAGCAGGCUAACAAACUGGGUGCCAUCAACAGCACACUAAGUAACGAAAGCAAAGAAGCGUUCAUUGACUGGGCAAGAUAUGAUGAUUCGCAGGACCACUUUUGUGAACUUGAUGAUGAGCGGUCUCCUGCUGCACAGUAUGUGGACCUGCUGCUGAACCCGGAACGGUACACUGGCUACAAGGGCUCCUCAGCGUGGAGGGUAUGGAACAGCAUCUAUGAAGAAAACUGCUUCAAGCCUCGAUCUGUUUAUCGUCCUUUAAAUCCUUUGGCGCCCAGCAGAGGGGAAGAUGAUGGAGAAUCAUUCUAUACGUGGCUAGAAGGUUUGUGUCUUGAGAAAAGAGUCUUCUAUAAGCUUAUAUCAGGACUUCAUGCCAGCAUCAAUUUACAUCUGUGUGCAAACUACCUUCUGGAAGAAACCUGGGGUAAACCUAGUUGGGGACCUAACAUCAAGGAAUUUAAACGGCGCUUCGACCCUGUGGAAACAAAGGGGGAAGGUCCAAGAAGGCUAAAAAAUCUGUACUUUUUAUACUUGAUAGAGCUUCGUGCUUUGUCAAAGGUGGCCCCUUACUUUGAGCGCUCGAUUGUUGAUCUUUAUACUGGCAACUUGGAAGAUGAUGCUGACACCAAGACCCUUCUGCUCAGCAUCUUUCAGGAUACAAAGUCCUUUCCUAUGCACUUCGAUGAGAAAUCCAUGUUUGCAGGUGACAAAAAGGGGGCCAAGUCAUUAAAGGAAGAAUUCCGGUUACAUUUCAAGAAUAUCUCCCGAAUCAUGGACUGUGUUGGGUGCGAUAAGUGCAGAUUGUGGGGGAAAUUGCAGACUCAGGGUUUAGGAACUGCCUUGAAGAUACUAUUCUCUGAAAAGGAAAUCCAAAAACUUCCGGAGAACAGCCCGUCUAAAGGCUUCCAGCUCACUCGGCAGGAAAUAGUUGCUCUUUUAAAUGCUUUUGGAAGACUUUCUACAAGCAUAAGAGAAUUACAGAACUUUAAAGCCUUGUUGCAGCACAGGAGGUAAUGAAGACUUUUCUAUGUCUUCAUAGACAUAGCGGACUGUAUGAAGCCUUUUAGCCUUGGACACUGAGCAAAGAGACUACGUGUCUAAGACUUCAAGAAUUCUGAACUCUUUAAGAGAAAAUUCAAAUGUCCACUUGAAUAUUUAUGAUCCUUAAUAGAGUAUCAAUUAGAGAUAUUUAUAAAUGAAGUAUAUCCUUUAAAAUUGUAAGUUAUACGAAUGCCAUGUUUGUUUCACAUUCUGUUUUUAUUGUAUUACCCUGCAUUCCUAGUUGUCAAACUUUAAAUGACCGUGUCUAUCCUGAGAAGACUAUUCAGUCUGUUGUAGAAAAAAGCCAGGGAACCAGUGCUGCCCAGAGCUGGUCCCAGUGACAGAAAUCUACAAAUGGUGUAGUUAGUGUUUUAGACUUGCCUAACACUGUGUGUCAUCCUCUGUAAUUCAGGGCUGUCACUAUAAUGAAUAGGCCUUUCGGUGACUAGUGAGAGGCUCUGGAUGACUUCCAGGACUCCAACCCUGUUAAGCUGUUUAGUCGCUGUUGCUGCUGUGGUUUUGGCCUGAAGGGACCUGCCUUGGGGACGGUGGCUAAGUGCCCUCCCAUGCUCACUUGGCCUGUGUACCCCGGGCUGGCUCAAGAGUGGAGCAUCCUUUAUCUAAAGCCUACAGCUCCCCUUCUGGCUUUUCUCUUUGUUCCUCUUGUAAUUAUAGACAUUUUCAGUUAUUUUAUGAAAAGCCCUAUUUAUUGAAUGGAUUUUUUUCUUCACAAAAUUUGAAUGGGAUCCUCUGGGUUUAUAAUGCUAAUUGGAUUACACACAAAGUUUGCUGUUUUGAAGGAAGCAUUUUCAGUAUUUGGUUUUGAACACAAUCUAUGCAAUCCUCUACCUCUUCUGUGCAACUGUCUGGUGAGCUGCUUCAGCAUGGCUGUCCCUUCCUCCCUGUCUCUCCCUCCAUCUUCAGUUUAUCCCGGAUCAGCCAUCCUCAGUGACUCAAGACAGUGGAGGACUUGAAGGCCCUAAACUGUCAUUUUCUAAACCUGGGAUUUAAAAUCUUUAAAUAUUUUCAAUCUUGGUUCUUUUAAAGGUGGCCGUGUAUAAUGGGAUUACUUGAAAGGUUUUUAUCUAUGCGAGUCCAAAAUCUCGCUUCUCCUUAGAGUCUGUCUUUCUGAAGUAAACAGUAAGUGCUCUUAAAUCCACAUCCUAUCUGCCAAAGUCUUUACCGUGUUCCUUGUGACUUUGUGGUGUAGGCCAGAUUAUUAAGUUGGCUCACUCCCCUCUGAAUGCCUAGUCUUCCAUGACAGAGGUGGGAUGAGACCUGAGGCCGCUAUGGUUAUUUCUGCUCAUUUCUAAUCUUUAUAAACUUAACAUUUUGUUGAUAGUGGUGAAUUUUUGUCGGUUGAUUACUCUUUUUAAGCUGGCUUGAAGUUUUCUUUUUUUCUUUGCUUUUUAUUUUUUAAAGAGUUGCAAGUAUUGCCAUGUGAUGGGAAUGGGCCACUCUAAGACAAAAAGCCCACCAAGUGAAUGCCAGUGACCUUGCCCUGUACACCAGUGGGUUCUGUAGUGCCCAUUUAGAAUGUAAGGAAUGGUGGAAAUUUUGCACUUUGUCUAUUUUUAUUUUAAAUGUGGAGAUUGUUUGGAAAUGUCACAUCACUACUGCAGUUAGAUGCUAUUAUUAUUUAAACUAUUUGCUUAAGGGGGGAAAAAACUUUCCACUUGCUGAAUUUUUCUUAACUAUGAUUUGUUCCAAGCUUAGGACACACAGUAGUACAGAAUGUUUUCUAGGAAGUUGAAAGAAAUGGUUGUUAGAAUGUCCUCAAGGUUGUAAUGAAUUCCGUCAAUAAGGGAAGUAUUCUGAAGUUGGUAUUCAUUGGAUUAACUUUUACAUACGUUAUGGUGUGUUGGUGUGUGCAUAGCAUCAUCACCAUGACAUCUGAGGACUGUGGAGACUGUGGGACUGUUUGGUGACCCUGAUGGUGAAUCUGUAGGAGGCUGUCUGCCGGUUCUGUCACCGGUGCUUGGGGGAGCACUGCUUACAUUGGGAGAUUGCUUGUUGGCCAAGUGACAAAACACUGCUGUUUGUCUGUGUCUCAUCACCUGCUGUGAAAACCUAGCACUUGGCAGCAAGCCUGACUGGAACAAUAGUACCUGGUGCCAUAACGAUGUGAAGAGGAAGUAUUUUCAUCGGUGGCCUAUGUUUUCCUUUAGUGGCAUCCAUGUUAGACAGAUUUUACAUACUAAAAUGGUCAAUGUUCAGUACUCCUCUUGUUUGAAACUUGCCAAGUCAGAUGUUGGCCCCCUGUAAGAUGUGUAUGAAAUGCUGUGCCACAGUGUGUAAGGAGGGACAACUGUGCUGGUCUUCCUCAGCACGACCUUCAGCUGGACACCUGAAAAGAGUUCCCAGCAUGCUUCUCGGCAGUUGCAGACUGAAGUCCCUGCAGGAGCCAUAGCUAGUCACCAAAAGGCUCAGACUACAUAGAUGCUGUCAUGGAAACUCCUUGGUCCAAACCAAGGACAUACAUCCAUGUGUCCUUUAUUUGAAAUAACAUCUACAGGUGCAGCUUUUGAGUUUUCUGAGCAGAAUUCCAAAUAAUUUGCUGUUGUAACCACCAGAGUCUGAACCGUGAAUUAAAAUACCUGUCUCUGCGA